AUGAAGAAGCCUCCCCAAGAGCGAAGCAAUCGCAUGCGCCUUGACGGCGGGCUUUGCUUCGAGGUGCCACCCUGGCAGCACCAGCCAGUGGAUCUGGACCUGCACUUGACCAGGCUCCGGGAGCGAUGGGGGGUCCACCGCUCUGGUCGGACGAUGACGAGAUCUUCUGAUGAAAAUUAUCCACAGAUCUUGGAUAAUGGUGAAGUGUCUCGCACAAUGGACUCACUCCUCGCUCCGUUUCUGGACACGUACCUGCAGAACAUGCAGACCUCGUACCAGCAGCUGACGAACAAGAUCCUCGGCAAGGCCAGGGAAGAAAUCAAAAUGGCCGCCCAGAAGAGACAGCAGAUUGCCACCGAACUCGGCCGGCUAGCCGACGAGUUGAAAGUGCCAGAACUAUGCAACAUGGAACGCCGAGAGUCAAAAACAUUGGCUAGCAAGCACCUAGCUCAUAUCUACGACUGCACGGAGGCUGCUCGGUUGUCCAUCACUGAGAUGGGGAAGUACACGGAAGAAAUGGUCAAGAUUACCAAAGACCACAUGCAAUCCACGCUGGAUAAAGCUUUGAGGAGGGAAGAAGCUGAUAAGAGCGCGAAGAGCAAAGAUUAUGGGAAAGUGAACGUGACCAUCCUCCGCGACUUGGCUCGAGUUGCCGUGACUCUUGGCUACGAACUCGACCUCAGUCUGACGAACGCUCGUCGCCACAACGAACAGUCCUGCGAAAAAAUGGUCAAGUGCAACAACCGAGUGAAGAAAGAGACAGAAGAUGAUGUUGCCAAUAUGAAAGAGUUGUUGUACCAGUGUGUUUAUGCUUGAGUUGGCGCGUUAGGACUACAUCUUGAUUGGGCUGGGUAGUAAUGAGACUAAAUCACUGCAGUGGAUUCGAGUGGAUACGCCGUUUUCAGCAGAAUGAUAUACAUACAUAUUAUCAUAAAUUUUAUGAAUUUAUGAUUUAUAAUACAAAGAUAAUCUUAGCAAUAGCAAUGACAAGUAAUACGAAUACUAAUAACAUAUGAUAUCGACUAGUAAAUUAUUCCACAUUCACAUAAGCCAAUGAAAAACGAGGUCAAACCUAGUUUCAUUCAUUUUAUAUUGAAAGGGCAAUUUUCCAUUACCCUAUACAAAUAUGAUCCCUCUCCAAUAUAUAUUUUACUCAAAUACGGGUUACGGGCGAAAACGUUGCUAAUUAAAUUUCCAAGUGGGGCCUUGACUUUAGGUUUAAUUACAAUCAGCAUAGUUUGUACGUUUGUUAUCUAUUAAAUUAUUACAAUUAGAGCUUCAAACAAUCGAAAACGCUUAUU